AUGGGCUCCGUGUCCAACCAGCAGUUUGCAGGUGGCUGCGCCAAGGCGGCGGAGGAGUCGCCGGAGGACUCGGCCCGCGCGGUGGAGGAGCCGCAGCUGCUGCACGGGGCCGGCAUCUGUAAGUGGUUCAACGUGCGCAUGGGGUUCGGCUUCCUGUCCAUGACCGCCCGCGCCGGGGUCGCGCUCGACCCCCCAGUGGACGUCUUUGUGCACCAGAGUAAGCUGCACAUGGAGGGCUUCCGGAGCCUAAAGGAGGGAGAAGCUGUGGAGUUCACCUUUAAGAAGUCUGCUAAGGGCCUGGAGUCCCACGUGGCCCAAGGCCUCCCCGCCGCCUCUCGGGAGGGAGGCUCCCCCGGCCGGCGCCCGCCCCCUCCCCCUCGCGGAGCGCGCGAGGUACCGCCCCCGACGCCACCGCGCCUCCGCCGGCUCGCAUGCGCAGAGCGGGGCUCCGCCCACCAGCUCCGGAAGCGACGUGUCCCCGCGCUCAACGAUGACGCAGUCUUCCCGAGCCACGUCAUGACAGUGUCGACCCGCUGA